GCAGUGUGUUGAGCGUGUCAGUGUGUCAGAAACCUGCUGUGUAGAGAGCUGGGGUGUACACAUGCAGAAAAGUAUCGGGACUACAGGACUAGCAGGACAAUGAAGCGAGAAAGCCGAAGUUUAAAAAGGACACGUUUGUUACAGCAUGGAUUCUGAAUCUCUGGACAGCUGCAUCCAGAGCACACUCGCGGCGCUGUACCCGCCGUUUGAGGCCACUGGUGGCACUGUGCUGUGCCAGGUGCUGGAUGUGGUGGAGUCCUCGUACCGUGGAGACGGCCUGCGCUACCUCAUCGACUUCCUGGUCCCCGCCAAGCACAUUCUCCAGAGCAUCCAGCAGGAUGCAUGUUUUCCAUAUUGCGGUUUCCUGUUCCGCCACGAGGGCUGGCCACUGUGUGUCCACGAGAAGAUUAUAGUCCAGCUGUCCUCUUUGGAUAGACGCAUCCUGCAGCCUGGUGACUUCUAUCUGCAGGUGGCAGCAUCCCCCAAAAGCCCACCACGCAUCGCCCUCAAGUGCCUUUCAGCGAGCAGGCAGCAUGUGGAGGAAGUGGAGAUCCCUGAGUUAGCCUACACUUCACUUUUCAGCAUGUCCUGGUUGGACUCCAUUAACCAGGAGAGGAGUGGAAAUGGCAGAGUCGCCCUGAAGCACUGCCUUUUAUCUUCUGAUAAUGAUAUUUUCAGGGUGCCUUGGGAAGAUGUGGUGCAUCCCGAGUUUAUUAGCAGACCCCCAAAAGCAAGCCAGUUGGUAUUGGAGAAUGGAAGGGUUGAGGCUACUGAGGUAAAAGAGAGGCAGGAAGAACGUGCUUCUGAAUCUGGGCAUGAUAUUUUGAUUGACGCAUCCAUGGCUGAGUCAGCAGAGAGACGGGACCCAUGUAAGACAGCGAAGCUUCUUCCUGCUCUGGUACAGGAUAGUAGUGGGAGGAGCAGUGCUGCUGAUGAUUCAGAAGGUGAAUAUGUAGAACUUGAAGAUAUCACUCUGCCUCGCUUUUCCCCACAGAAAGGCUCUCUGACUCAGUCUAUAAGCAUGAACUACAGAAACUUGCAUAAGCCACGGAUUACAAGCCCUGAACAGCCCGGCGCUAACGCCUUGGAGAGCUUUGUGACAAGCGGCAGGUGUCCCCAGAGUAUGGUAUGCACCAUGCUGAUCGAGGAGAACCUCACUGAGCCGUUUGUGCAUCACAUGCCAGCAGAUCUGCACAGCAGGCAGCAGGAGGUGAACGAGUGCGAACCAAGCUCCUCUACAGGUACAGCCCCAUCUGACUGUAAGCUUGAGCAUGAGCCUGUGACAGAGUGUGUGCCUGAACACUUGGACUGCAUCAGUACAGCACUUUGUGACUUGAAAACGAACAAUUUAAUGCCUAUAGACCCUGAAUUUUUAAAUCACUGUCUUGCCCCAGAACCAGAGCCUGACCAGCCUACACGUAGUAGCUUUACGGCUAACUUAGAAGCAAACGCCAUGGAUACGCAAAGAAUUGUAAGUAGGGUUGAAACGGACAGUAACUUGAGUGACCAUGCUAUUCAACAGGACACUAACAAACCACCUGCAGAAGUUGUAGCAGCUUCCACCUCUGUCAAGACUCCAAAAGAGGUGCUAAUAAUGGAGGUAGAGGCUAGCAAGAAGGCACAGAUUGAGCCUAAACAGGAAGAUCGUAGAGAUCAGCCAGCUAGCUGGCCUACAGAAGCUGAGAAUAGAGCCUGUGGUAGUCAGUGUAGUAGUGAAAGUAGCCUCAGUUCCUGUGACACUGAAGAGGGCAGGCCAGGGUCAGCAAGCCCCCAGGGGCAACAGGUAGACUGGGCCAUUGUCUCUGCACAGUCUACGGAGGGUCACGUUACAGCCAUUCUUCCAGGUCAUGAGAGGACAGAACCAUGUGAGAAGAAAGAAAGUGAGAAUAGGGAUCAGGGAUGUGUAGAUGCAGGGAUGGAGCUGCCAAAGGAUGAGGCUGAGGGAGAACAAGAAACUGAGCUGCAGUAUGUGGAUGAGAGUGAAGCAGGUACAGGAGAGAAGGAAUCCGGGACCAGGAUUGAGAACGAGGCAAAUACAGAGGGAGUGGCAGUUGAUACAGUAGAAGAAGGAAUGACUCCACAAACAGGUUUGGUUAAUUCCACACCCGAAUCUGGCACAACUGUAAGCACACCUCCAGGUCAAGAGACAGGCAGCACUUUAGGGACAGAGAGGAAAGAAACACAAGAGAAUCAGAACAAAGAGGUUGAGGAGUUAGAGGAGGGUGAACAUAUGCAGGCUGAGUCCAAGGGAGCUGAAGACGUUGGAAUUAUGGGAUGUCCUUUGAUUGGGAAUGAGGUAACUGUGGGGAUUAAAACGGAGUCUGCGGUUAUGUCAGAUGUGCCGGUUGCAAACGACGGUGCACUCUCGGAGCAAAUGAAUAUAGACACUCCGGAUGCACCGAUGGUGGGAGUGAACACCCCUUCUCUGGUUGAAGUGGAGGAGGAGAUGAACGACAGACAGGAAAAAAGGAUAGAGGAGCAGAAGCCACAGGAUGGACCUGUAUCUUCUGUUAAUAAAACGCAGCUGGAAGCAGGCGAGGAGUCUCAGCAGCAGGAGCAAGAGAAAGACUCCGUGCCUGCAGAGGACCCGUCGCUGUGUCCCCUUUCAGUGACGCCUCCUCUGGGUAAACCUCGCACUGAGGACUCGACAGUGACGCCGCAGGAUCCUCCUCCUCCUGCAUCUCCCAGUCAGGCUGUGAGGAAUCAGCCUCUUCUCACUGAAGCUCAUAAUAUCAACUCUGACAUCCUGCGCUCUGGAGUGCUCUGCCUUCCUGGAACGCGAGACAAGUCAGGUCAUGCACUUGUAACUGUGACAACAAGAAACACUGCCUGGCUGAACCCAAACUGCAACAGUAGUGAGCUUGUGCGCAUCAUGGUCUACUUCUACACCAUUCUCAGGAAGGAGGUGCAGGCGUUGGGUUUGACUAUUUUAGUGGACGCCCGCAGGUGCUCGCCUGUUCCUGCACUCUUCAAAGCCUUCACCUUUUUACAGGAAGCCAUGCAUGGAUGUAUCCACACUGUCCUCAUAUUGGCUGAUAGAGAUGUGGCCUUACGCAUGGAGAAGCCUGCUGCAGUUCAGGUGGAAAUGCUAACCUCUCUGAAGUCUCUCCAUAAGCACAUAGAGGUUUCUCAACUCCCCACUGAGUUUGAUGGCACUUUUCCUUUCUCCCAUAACAGCUGGAUCUGUUUCAGGACUAGGGUUGAGCAGUUGACCAGUCAUUGUGAAGAUGCAAUAAAUCUUCUGCAAAGCACAAUCAGCAGUCUGGAGUCUACAGUUCUGCCUCCUACUGCAGAGGAGGCACAGGUGCUUCUGUACAAGUAUAAGGAGUUGAUGAGGCACGUGCUCGAGGAUAGCCGGCUGGUACGUCUGCAGCUGGAGGGAGGAGCCGCUCUGUCCCGCCUCCGUAAAGAGGACACCAGCGUCAGCCUCACUGAAGACUACAGAGAUGCCAUUCAUGGUGUGGGCAGUCUGUAUAAUCAGGUGGAUGAGUUGGUCCAUAAGCUGGUGAUGCUGUCCAACAAAUGCACUCAGGAACUGGAGUUUAUUAUGGAGUUCAAGAGCCUGGAGGAGGGGUUCAGAGAGGUCAGUCAGUGGAUAGAUGAGGUGGGAGAGGGCAGACUGCAGACGCUGGGGGAGUUGGAAGAUUCUCUGGAGCAGCUACGCAGCAAGCAGACACUUUUCAGAGACUUCUACGCAGCAGCUUACGAUCACUGUAAAAGUGGAGAAGCACUUCUGAAGCGGUUAGAGCGAUGGGAGGAUAUCUCGUCAGCCGAGCUGCAGGUGUACGAGGUUAAAGUGCGCUCCUUCUGGGUCCAUUUGGAAGAAUUCUCCCAGAGAGUCGAGGACACGAAGGAGAAAAUUGACAAGAGUGUGCGCCUCUACGAGUUCUUUGACAAGGCAUACGGAUGGGCUCUGGAAGGCAUGAGGCACUUGGCCUGUGUGAGUAUGGAGGACUGUAGCUCGCCUGAGAAGUGCCAGGGAGUGAUGGCUUGCCUGGAGAACUACCGCAACCAGCACGUGCCAAUCCCCGAUGCACACUUCCAGGAGAUGAAGGACCUCGCUGUGGAGUUAAAGAGCGACCAGGGCCUCAAACAGUGGAAAUUUGCCUGGUCAAAGUGCCAGGAAACCAAGCAGAUGUUUGAGAAAAAGCUGGAGGCAGCGCUGCGUGCCCGUAACUCUGGUUCAGGUGCCAGUAACCCCCGUGGGCCCCAGGAGCGGAGCAGCAGCCUUUCGUUCUCCUGCAGGAAAGUCUUCAGUAGCGUCCGGGCUCGUAGCAGACUUCCCUCCACUCCCUGCAGCCUAGUAGGUAUUCGUUCAGAUGUCCAGGAUUCCCUCAGGAUUCCAACAGGAAGUUCCUGUCACACAGACAACCGGAUUCCACACAGCACUCCCCUUAACUCACACAGACUCACCCGCAGCACAUCUUCAGAUGAGCCUCCUUACCCAACAUACUCCUCUUCCUGCUCCGCCAGCCCUACGCUAUCCUCUCUAGGAGACACAAAGCGAAGGGUUUUGAGGAAAACUCAGAGCUUCGAUGCUGCUGGAAGCGAGGUGGGCACACGGUAUGGCACGUGCCAGCGGACGCUAAGUGAGCCUGCACGCAGGGGCCACAUGGGCGUGUUUAUAAAAGGUCUGGAGGUGAGCAGCACAGAGGGGACUAAUCGGCCGUACAACCCACGGCUAGCACCAGCACACAACUGGGUGUCGCAGGAUUCACACCAGAGUCCUGUUCCAGAGCCACGUGCCAAGGGCAGUAAACUGCGCCACAUUGUGGAUGAAAUGGUGACAACAGAGCGUGAAUAUGUGCGCUCCUUGCGUUACAUCAUUGAUCACUACUUCCCCGAGAUGGAGCGUCCGGACCUGCCCCAGGACCUGCGGGGAAAGCGCAGCGUCAUCUUCGGCAACCUGGAGAAGCUGGUGGACUUCCACAGUCAGUACUUCCUGAAGGAGUUGGAAAGCUGCUGUAACCAUCCACUCCGCGUCAGCCACUGUUUCCUGCGCCACCAAGACCAGUUUGGAUUGUAUGCUUUAUACAGCAAGAAUAAGCCCAAGUCAGACUCACUGCUGGCCAGCCAUGGAAACAGCUUCUUCAGGCAUAAACAGCUGGAGCUGGAGGAUAAAAUGGACUUGGCCUCAUACCUGCUGAAGCCCAUCCAAAGAAUGAGUAAAUAUGCUCUGCUGCUCAAGGAUCUGAUUAAGGAGGUGAGUGAGGCUCAGGAGCAGGAGCUGUCCUAUCUACGUGCUGCUGCUGAGAUGGUCAAGUUCCAGCUGCGACACGGCAAUGACUUGCUGGCCAUGGAUGCCAUCCGCGACUGCGAUGUGAACCUGAAGGAACAGGGCCAGCUGGUCCGGCAGGAUGAGUUUACCAUCUGGUACGGGAGAAAGAAGUGCCAGAGACAUGUGUUCCUGUUUGAGGACCUGGUGCUGUUCAGCAAACCCAAACGCAUCGAGGGAGGCCUGGACGUCUACAUAUACAAGCACUCCUUUAAGACCGCUGAUGUGGGGAUGACUGAGACGUCGGGUGAGAACGGGCAACGCUUUGAGGUCUGGUUUCGCAGGAGAACAUCAAAGAACCAAACCUACAUCCUCCAGGCUGCUACUGCUGACAUUAAACAAGCAUGGACCUCAGACAUCGCCCGCAUACUGUGGCAACAGGCCACACGCAACAAAGAAAUUCGUAUGCAGGAGAUGGUGUCUAUGGGAGUGGGCAAUAAGCCGUUUUUGGAUAUUAAACCCAGCGAUGCUGCCAUCAAUGACCGGGCCAUUGAUUACAUCAUGAAGGGCAGAGGAGCCAGGACAAGGGCAUCCAUCGCUGUUUCUCUAUUUGACCACACUAACCCAUUUCAGAGAGCUGCUGUGAGUGCACCAGUUAAUGGACCUCCAGGGCCAGGCGGGCCCCCCUCUUCCACACUGCUGGGACCCCUCAACCUUCACAUGUACAGCACCCAGACUCUGCUACCAGGGGAGAGACCCCUCAUCAGCCCCUGCAUUGAGGAGGACGAGCUUGAGCAUGAAACCAGCAGCCAGCCCUCUAUGACUACAGAGAGUUCGGGAUCAUCCUCGCACUGUCUGUCGGGCAGCGGCUCCAGUGGUUCAGACAGCGGCUGCGUGUCCAGUCACCUCCCUGAGGCUCUGUCUGAGGAGCCCAGCUCGCCAUGCGACUCAUCCUGCUUCACCGCCGAACACAAACCCAGCUUCAACAGCCAGUACAUUUCAGCGAAAGGUGCACAGGUUCUAGGCCCCUCCACUAUAGUGUGAGCGCUCUGUGUAACCGCAGCUGCUACUGUUUAAUGUCUGGCUGCCCCUCUACAAGACGAUGAUGUCAGCCUACACAGAAGAGGACACGGGCGUGUAUUUGUUGUUCUGCUCAACUUCUGGCAAAUUUCAUCUCGUCAUACGGACUUCUGAUAGAUCUGGAAAAUAGCACUGUUUUUUUUUUUAAGAAAGUUGAUUUAAAUGUUUGUAUUUAUCUUUUUGAUUUUUUUUUAAAGUUCUGGUACAGUAGUUUUCUGUACCUUUAUUAGUAACUGUAAAUAUUGUUUUAGCUUAACACAGUUGUGAACUGUUUUUUUCUAAAUUUCUCUCAUUUGUCUGUUGACCACUUUGCUGUAGACUGCAAAAGAAUUGGCUCUGAAAUACCUCAGUACCAGAAGGCAGAGCUACACCUGAUCAUAAGGGUACAAUGAAGCUCCUCUGAUGGUUCAAAAGCAGUGCGUUCUUCUCUUUUACACAUGAUGACUGUAUCCUGUUCAGUUUUAUUCACUUAUCUUUGUUGGGAUUCUCUACGCUGACCUGUGGCCAGUCAUUUGGAUUUGGAUGCUGCUAGUUUCCAGAUGCUCCGGCUUUUGACUGUGAGACCUGCUCCAAGAUCACAGCAUGGUGAGGAACUCUGAGGAGAUCUUCACUGACCCGAGGUCAGUCAAAGCCGGUGGUGUUGGUCACUGCUUGGCCCUGGUUGAGGAGGGAUUUCAUUUCACCUGGCUUGUUUCUGCUUUAUAUACAACAGCAAAAUCGGACAAAUAAAACUGUACAUUGCUUGUAAAUAUUAGCACCUGUGGUGCAUAAGUAAAUAGCACAUAGGAGGAUAAGACUGUGAUAACUUCGUACAUUUAUAUGUUAGUCAGCAAACCAGGGAAUCACGAAAGUGCUAUAUGUCAAUUAUGAAAACAUUCACACUUCAAAAAAGAGACUGUGCUGAAUUUCCACUUACACCUGGAGAAGUAACGUCACGCUGAAGUGUUAUGUCCUAACAGGUUCACACACUUAAUAAAACUGGAUUGGUUUGUAUCCACAA